UUUGUUUUUACAGUGGGGCUGGUAACUCUGUUCGAUAUAAUAUGCUAUUCUCAUAAAAGUUUGUCCAAUUUUUUGUAAAAGUUGCAUGAAAUUAAACGAAUUUAUGAAGAAAAGUGUAUUGCUGCGUAUUCUUAAGCUUACAAAUACUGUAAAAAAAAACUUAAGAAAGACGGAUUCUUAAGUUUGCUGGGUACUCACUUCUAGGUCUAUUACGAUGGCAGCAAGCUAAGGUUGGAAUAAACCACACAACCGCCAUUUUAAGAUUCUCAAUUGGUACACGCACAACACAGAACUGUGUUAAUCGAAUAAUUACCAGUGGAUAUUAUUUUUUGUUUGUUUGCUACUAAGAUGUCUCUAAGUAAAACAGUCGGCAGUCUUAAUAAAGGCAAUGUUAAAGAAAAAGAAAGAUCUACUACAAAAGAAUCCAAUAACUUGGUUGUUCGCAUAGAUCAAGAUUCAGAUAAUAAUCUUCAAGCAUUAUUUGAUAGCGUAUUAAAUCCAGGAGAAUCAAAACGUCCGCUACAAGUGCCUUUUCGUAUGCGUCAACUACCAGAAUCCUUCUUCAAACCACCUGCAACUGCGUCCAGAUCACCUUCUAUUGCACAUUCACGCGCUAAUAGCGCUGAUUCCGCUUAUGAUACUGGAUCGCAACCUAAUGUUAGCCAAGGAAAUAUAUCAACGAGUUCUAUAGCCGCAGUUCCGGCGACAAUAACACAGCCACAAGUAGCUGCAAAUAGGCUAGCUAUUUCUCAUUCGCGUGCGCAUAGUAGCCCAGCUUCGCUCCAACAAACAUAUAAUGUACAUAUAGGCAACGUAAUGGAAGCAGGUGCAUGUUUGCAAGAUGGCAUCGGACCUGUCUAUACAACAGGGACGGUCCCAUUUCCUCCCGGAGUUAAUGCUGGGUCAGGUGUCCGAAUGGAUCAAGUAGAACAGUCAGUGACUAAGGAUGGAACAAAUCCUAUUCAGACAUUUCAUAUGAAACAACGAUCAUAUGAUGUUGUCAGUACUAUACAAUUACAAAACGAACUGGGACCAUUGCCCCCAGGAUGGGAGCAAGCUAAGACUAAUGACGGUCAGAUUUAUUAUUUGAACCAUACAACAAAGUCAACACAAUGGGAAGAUCCCAGAAUUCAAUUGAAACAGCAAUUAUUUCAAGAUGGCCUUCCACAUAAUGUGAAUUUGAAAAAUAAAGAAUCUGUUAAUUUGGCUGAUAACUUGGGACCUCUACCGGAGGGAUGGGAACAAGCAUACACAGAAUCUGGAGACGUUUAUUUUAUUAACCACGUAAAUCGAACAACGUCUUGGAAUGAUCCACGAAUACCCGAUUUUUUACAAAAGCCGGCAAAAUCUCAAAAACCGGGUCCAUCUUGGCUGAACAUUCAACAAAUUGAAAAGGAACAGGAUUAUUUUAAACCAAGUUCUGAACAGAGUUCUUUGGCCAGACAAAACGGUAGUCUUCAAAUGGAUCCUUUUUUAUCUGGUGAUAAUCACGCUCGACAAGAAUCAAGUGAUAGUGGCCUGAGCUUGUCUUCAAAUACGUUUUCCGCUACAACAGACCUUAUGCCGAACAUUGAUGACAGUAUGGAUUGCAUAAGUGAAUCAGGAAGCCUUAAUGCCUUAAGUGGCAUAGAUUGCCCGGAUAAUCUGGUAUCUUCAUUGCAGCUUGAGGAUAACAUCUGCAAUGAAAUGUUCAGCGAUGUGCACAGCAUGUUGAAUGCAUCUGCAACGAAGCCUGAUACUUUGGACUGGUAUAAGAUAAAUUAAAUUUCGUAAGAGCAUGAACUAGAUAUUUAUAACAAAGUAUCAAUGUUUUGUCCUUUUUGGUUAAACAAGUUUUAUCAACAUAAUUUCAGCGGUAAACAAUUGAUGUUAAACUUUAAGAAUAGUUUGAAAAUAAAUAUAACUUUAUAACACAACUUGAGAAGACGGAA